AUGCCGUUCCCAAUGCCUCCAUUCGACAUGGACAUGGUCUGGACGGGAUGCGCAUGCACAGAGUACAUUCCUUGGGGCGCAGGAGCGGCCGAGCUCGCAGGUCAGUCCGGCGAGCGUCGUGUGGUUGAGCAGCUCAGAUGGGAGCCAAUGGGCGCGGGAAGGUACGACUCGCGAACGGCUGGGGCGGGAGGCGCAUUCGGUGGUGGCAGGCGGUGGUGGUCGGUCGUCGGUCGUCGGUCGUCGCAAAGGGCAGGUGUCGUGUCUGCUGCGACGGGCGCGCGCUGCAAGAUCCCGAAGUUCCAGCGGGCGGGGCCAAGCAGCGAACAGGACUCUUGGACUGGAGAACUAGCCGUCGGCCCAAGAGCGAACGUCAAACCGCAGUUCGGGGGAAGCGACUCCAAACAGCAGCAGCAGCAGCAAUAG